AUGGAGGGGCACGUGACCUCAUUUGCUGGUCAUCUGACCCUCGAGUGGCAUCUCAUUAGGCUAAAGAGUGGCAACAAGGCAUGGCCUCUCAACGAUUCAUCCGGGACCUUCUCCAUAUCUGCAGAUGGAAAUCUUGUAAUCGCGAAUGGAAAUCAAGAGAUUAUUUGGUCAUCAAAUGUUACAUCAAAUUCUACAUCUUCCGGUAUGAAUACUACUGCCCAAUUAUUGGGUACCGGAAAUCUUGUCCUCCGAGAUGUCGCUGGCAGUGGCACACUAUGGGAGAGCCACCGGUAUCCCACUAACACAUUUUUACCAGAAAUGAGAAUAUUUCACAACACAAGAACAGGCCAAAGGGUAUCAUUAAAUUCGUGGAGAAGUCCUCAGGAUCCUGAUUAUGGAAAUUUUUCUUCGGGUCUCUACGCAGUUGGGAUCCCACAAAUUUACAUAUGGGAUAAUGGUCGUCCAAUCUGGCGCAGUGGUCCAUGGAAUGGCCGAGUUCUUAUCGGAGUAACCCGCAUGUACUCUGUCUAUGUCGAUGGAUUUAGCGUGGCAACUGAGGAUGAUGGUACAGUAGUUUUCACACGAGCUUUUCGACAAAAGGCCUUAAUGACGAAUUAUUUGAACACUGAAGGAGUUCUUGUUGAAGCAGCGUGGGAUGAUCAGAAGAGAGAAUGGAAUCCUACAUGGCAAGCACCGAUAGAUGAUUGUGAUUUCUAUAACAAAUGCGGUCCAUUUGGAAUCUGCUACUCAAACAAUAGGCCGAAAUGCAGUUGCUUAAAAGGGUAUGAACCGAAGAACAAAGAGGAAUGGGAUAGUGGGAAUUGGAGUGGUGGAUGUGUGAAAAGGACACCCCUGCAGUGUGAUCGAGAUAAUAAUGCAACUGAUAAACACAAAGUUGAUAAGUUUUUGAAGAUAACUCUGGUGAAAGUGCCAGAUUUUAUUCAGUGGUCAACUGGUUCAGAUUUCUUUGUUCGGGUGGCUUAUUCAGAACUUGAUGAAAAGAAAGACAAAAAAGUAAUAAUCAUAGCGUGUGUAGCCGCCAGUUUGGUUGCCAUUUGCAUUUGCCUACUUCUAUCUUGGUGGUGGAUGUCUAAGCGAAGAGGUCACCGUGUAACAUUACAGUAUGAAGGAGGUGAAGUUGGCCAACUGAAUUCAAGUGAAAUCAGUCUGCGCAAUGCCAUGGAUAAAGUUAAUGUUGAAGAGUUACCACUAUACAGUUUUGAGAUGAUUGAAAAUGCAACAAACAAUUUUGACAUGGCCAAUAAGCUUGGACUGGGUGGGUUUGGUCCUGUUUUUAAGGGAAAAUUGGAAAAUGGGAAAGAGAUUGCAGUGAAAAGGCUUUCAACAGAAUCUGGACAGGGGCUGGAAGAAUUUAUGAAUGAAGUGGUUGUCAUUUCUAAACUCCAACAUCGCAACCUUGUUAGACUACUAGGAUGCUGUGUAGAAAAAGGCGAAAAGAUGCUAGUCUAUGAGUACAUGCAAAAUAGAAGCCUAGAUGUCUUUCUAUUUGAUAGUUCACAUAACAUUCUUGAUUGGAGGAAACGUUUCAGUAUUAUUGAAGAUUUUGGAAUGGCCAGAAUAUUCGGAGGAAACCAAGAUCAAGCCGACACUGGAAGAGUUGUAGGAACAUACGGUUACAUGGCUCCUGAAUAUGCAAUGGGUGGCAGAUUUUCAGAAAAAUCCGAUGUUUUCAGUUUUGGUGUUUUAGUAUUGGAGAUCAUAAGCGGGAGAAGGAACACGGGCUUCUAUAAUGACGAGUGGUCUUUGGGCUUAUUAGGAUAUUCAUGGAAAUUAUGGAAUGAAGAAAAUGUUCUGGAUUUGAUUGAUCAGAGAAUAUCAAGUCCAAGCUCAUUGGCAGAGAUUGUGAGAUGCAUACACAUUGGAUUGUUGUGUGUUCAAGAAAUCCCUGUAAAUAGACCCUCCAUAUCAACUGUUCUGUCAAUGCUUAGCAGUGAAAUCUUUGACCUGCCGGAGCCGGAGCAUCCGGGAUUUACGGACAAGUGGAAUGGUCCUCACUCCAAAACAUCGGAAUCUGCUAACAAGGUCACUCUUACUGUGCUAGAGGGGCGAUGA